GAAGUCCCGCCCAUCACAAGACAUCAAAACAAACCGGCGCAGUUACCGGCAUAUGUUUGUUGAAUAGAAACUUAAAAACAUGACAGUUGUUGUGGAAAGUUUUUACGGUAAUGUGAAAUCGAUGAUCUAAAGUGUGUAUUCAGAAAGUUUUACUAAAAUCUGGCCGCGAUGUUUGGCAGUAGAAGACUCGCAAAACGCUCGAUUGUGGGAACCCGAGUUGCAGCGAAAUGGCAAGAUGGCCGAUAUUAUCCCGGCGUAAUUCGCGGUGAAUACGCCGAAGAGACUCCAUUUACUGAUGCAGUUUACUCGGUUCUGUUCGAGGACGGUUACGAGAAGAAUAUUCCGUCAAAAAGCAUCGUCGGACCCGGUUUUCAGCCCGGGACGACGUGCGUUUUGAAGAACGGGCAGCCGGUUUUCUUGACUUUGAAUGGCCGAGAGGUCAGCGGGCUGGUGGUCAAUCAUUCAUUGGAGGUGGACGAGGUAUUGGUCAACGUGCAACUGCCCAAUGGCGACGACAUCGACGUCAUUAAAAGACUCGACGAUGUCCGGCUGAUGAAAAGUCGAAAAUCGUCUCGCCUGAAGGACCAAGAUACGGACUAUUCCAAACUGGCUGAUCUGCAGUUGAAUGAGGCCAAGAAAAGAACCGUGUCUUCAGGAAUCGACAUGCCCAGCAAGCCUAUCCAAUACAGGGCAAUUCGAAUCAACGAUGAUGCAGACGGACACACAAAUGUCACAACAGCGUCUGACGAGAGCACCGAAGACGUGGAGAUGAUGGACGAGAAUAUCGCAGCCCUCGUCCUCACAAGUCUCAGUUGUAGCCCGCAGUCACCACAUUUCAAUGCCAAUGACUUCAGAGAUUUCUGCCGCAAUAGCCAGCUAUCAAGCAGCUCCCAGAGCAGUGGUUUCUAUAGCAACCAGUCUGAGCGCAGCGACCCCUCACCCCCAGCCCCAAGUCACCUUAGCGAGAGUGCCCCCACGGGGUCCAGCAUGGUGUUCAAGAACUACCAUGUAGACGAGGGGAUUGCAGUGGACACGAUCAAGUUGGACGGAACGGAAAAUGGAUCUCAGAGACCGAUGUGUAAGAAAACGAUGUACCAGUGCACGUGGCCAGGAUGUUCCAAGAUCAGUGCCACCUGUGAAAACAUUGAGAAACACAUUCGGGACUUGCAUCUUGGAUCUGAUAUUACGGAGGAUCACGAUGGUGAGGAAGAUUUCUACUACACAGAGAUUGAGGUGAACGUUGAGAACGUCACACAGGGCUUCUCUGACAUGUGCUCCUCCCCCUCAACCCCGCCCCCCUCUGGAUUUGACACGCCCACAGGCCAUACCCCUCUCGUCUUGCCUGAUCAUGACUACCAGAAGAAGGACUUCCAGGCCAGCUUUGCUUCUAGUGUUCCGUUAACAAGUGCUUUCCUGAACCGAACCAACGCCAUGCCCAUUCCAAUUAAGAUUGGAGAAAUACAGCGAUCUCUCUCCUGGCAAAACACCAACACUCUAUCUGCCAGCCCCUCUCCCCCGAUAAGGAUCUCAAAUCGACCAACCCCUCAGGAAAGGCUGCAACAGCACCAGGCACAGUCCCCGAAAAUCCACAAUUUCUCGUCAUCGAAAUCUCUCGCGAUACACAAGAAGGCGCGGUCAGAGGUGCGCAAGUGCCGAAAGGUCUACGGUAUGGACAACAGAGACAUGUGGUGCACCCAAUGUAAGUGGAAGAAGGCGUGCACAAGAUUUCUGGAUUGAACUAGACACUGGUGAGACGACUGAAAUGCCCCAAAGAUAAAGAUUUGAAAAAUUUCUUGGAACCAAGUGGCCAAAAGGGUAUAAAGUCAGAGGUGAAUUUAGAUUUGUUUGUAUAGUGAAACCUGUUUGACGAUUGUUUAUACAGUGAAACCUGACAAAACUGAACCCCUUUAAAACAGAUUCUCGGUCAAAACCAAAGGAAUGUGUAUGUCCCGAUUUCUUUUCAUAAUAAUAAAAUAAUAAAAAUAAAAUAUAUAAAAAGAACCGCAAUAAAUUCAUGUAUCCACCAAGGUCAUUUUUUUUUAACCACAAAAUUAAAUGCCAACAAAUAUGAACGAUUUAUCAGUAAUUAUUACUAUUCAAAUGGAAUAGGCAUGAUUGUGCUAAAAGAAAGACUGUGAGUUAAAGUUGUUUUGAAAAAAGUUUCUGACAAUUUGUAAAGUACGGAAACUUAACCCUUUCAGUGCGGGAACCGAAUUUUGAAGGCCUUUGCAAACAGUUUGAAUCCAGAUGAGACGCCACAGAACGUGGCGUCUCAUCAGGAUCCAAACUGUUUGCUACUCUGAUAAUAUUCUUUGAAUAAAAUCGAAGAAAAUGCUAAUUUUAGAAAUUCAGCAGACAACAUUUUAGCAGACGACAAAUUUCCCAGCAUGCAAUGGGUUAAAAGAGUAACAUACUCUAUGAGUAGCAUUAUGCCUUUCAAAUGUACAAAUUCAUUAUUGGACAAUAUUUUUGCAGUUUGUCCCGGUGAAGAUAUUGUUUUAUGAGAAGAAGGAAUUAUUCAAACUUAAAAAAUGUUUAUUUUUUUAGAAAUAGUUGGUUUUUGUAGUGUCAAUAGCAUAUAAUGUCAAAUUAGUAUGGUUCUUUUUUUUUGGGGGGGGUAGAGAAAAUGUUUGAGAAUAACCAACAGCAAAGCAAUGUUAGGUUAAGCUUCAACAGUUACAAGCAUUCAUAUAUAAUUAUUCCAUUAAAUCUCUUUAUUUAUUGUGCCGUCAGUAGGGUGGCAUAUAGCAUUUGAACUGUCUGUCCGUCCAUCCGUCGGAAAACUUUAACAUUGGCCAUAGCUUUUGCAAUAUUGAAGAUAGCAACUUGAUAUUUGGCAUGCAUGUGUAUCUCAUGGAGUUGCACAUUUUGAGUGGUGAAAGAUCAAGGUCAAGGUCAUCCUUCAAGGUCAAAAGUUAAAAAAUACAAUCCAAGGGAAGUAAUAAGCUUUAAAAGGAUAAUUUCUAAACCUGUCAAAUGAUGUAUUGAAAUUUCAUUUCAAAGCGACGCAAUAGGAGGCAUUGUGUUUCUGACAAACACAUCUCUUGUUUAAGAGAGUUUGAUACAUGAAUCGUAGCUAUAACAGUUUCAAGCAUAAGAAGUUGUAAAGCAAAAUGUUAUAUUCCUCUCAAACAGUGUCAUAGUUAGACAUUGCCUGCUUAGGUCAUGUUAAUGACGUUAAAACACAUACAGAAACUAUUUAAUCAAGAAGCAAUUUAUUAUUUUAAGACUAUCCUUAGCUUUGUACUGGGACUUCCUGUUUAGGCCUAGCUGGAAGAUUGCUGACAUGUUUUUUUACACCAAUGGUGAGAAUGCUUGCUAUUGUAACUAAAGUGGCUGGUUUUUAUUAUUGCAACAAAGUCUCAAUCUUACUGAUGUUUAUUUUUUACCAAUACAUUUGUCACUUAUGCCAGUUUUUUAAGAAAAUUUACCAGUUAGAAUGUAGAGCAGUGGCUUCAAUUGCAAAUUUAUUGCAAAAUAUUCAGGGAAAACUUUUUUGUUAGUAUGUCUGUGUUAUGAUUGGAACUCUUUUCUCUUGUGCUUUCUUUGAAUGUGCUUGUAUGCAUUCUUCAAUUUUGUGUAAAUUUCAAAAAAGAAUAUCUUCAUUAGAGAAGAACUCACUUAUUAUUUUUCACCUCGAUAUUUUUCAUGUUGUACAUACGUAGCUAAGCAUUAGAGGAACCUUUUCAUUUAGCCGGAAAGUAGAGUACAUGUAUAUCAUUACUUACUGAUUUUAAUAAAGAAAAUGUGAUUCGACAUCACUUACAUGGAUUAACAGAAUUGUACUGGUUUACAUUUUGAAUAUGAUUUUGUUACUUUGGGUUGCUUGGGUCUCUUUGGGUUCUUUUUUGUUAUUUUCUGAAGAGUUUCACACACUGUGAUUCAAUCUCCACGCAGAGUUGUUGUUCCAUGCUCUCACAUACAACCUCUGCCAUCACAAGAAAACCCCUCUAGAUCUUGAACGAUUUUUUGUUUGUUCAAGUAUUAUACGAUGAAAAGUAGUAUCUAAUGUCUUUUAUAUUUAGAAAAUAGUGUAUAAGUUUAGGUUCAUGAUAAAAAAUUAAUAACCUAAAUUAAAAGAGGUUAACAACUGGAAAAUUAUUGUACUCAGUGGCUUGGCUAUCAUCACGUGGUUGGUUAGAAUAGCAGGGAUUUGAUCCAGUCAUGCUGGUUCCAGUCAAAUCUCUGCGUGGAGUUUAACUGUGAUUCUUAUGUUUUACAUAUUUGUGCGAAUACCCAGUACAAACUUCUUCACUUUAUCAAAUAAGUUCUAUAUUUUAAUUAUGAUACAUUGGUAAUUAAAAUAGAUUAUUAAGUUCUUAAAAACUUAUGUCUCGAAAUAGGAGUUUUGUGUCCUUCAUCUUUUUUCGUGUUUGCUUUUGUUUGCUCUAGCUUUAGCACUUCAACAUGAAAUGCCAUUAUUAAAAAACCGGUGCAACAUUUCCGAGUGCACAUUGUAAAUAUUGUUAUGGGUGUCACUAAAACUAUUUUAUCAAGUUGUUUUAUUUUAUUUUAUAUAUUAUAUGAUAUUUAUGAUAUUAUUAUUUGUUUUGUGUGCUUUUCUAUUCAAAAGAAAUUUUUCAUAUUUUGAAACGGUGUUAAAGGGAUCUUUUCAUGGUUUGGUAAAUUGACAAAAUUGAACAAAGUUAGUUCAGAUUCGCAAAUUUUCGGUUUAGUUAUGAUAGUUGUGAGGAAACAGUAUAACUGAACAUUUGCCAUGGUCUAAUAUAGCCAUUAUAUGCAUCUUUUGACGAUUUAAAAACCUAAAAAUUAUAAAGCGUUGAAACGUGAAACGAUUGAAUAAUUGGGAGAGUUCUGUUGUUGUCGUUUAAAUUUGUGAAACUACGAAGAUUGCUUAUGCUUGGCAUGGUAGCUCAGUUGGCUAAUGCGUUUUUACUUCAGGAUUCAGGGGGUAACUGGUUCGCGCCCUGCUGCAGUCUACUUUUUUUUUCCUUUUUUAAAUUUUAUUUUUGAUUUUUUACUGGAGCUUUUUAAAAUUUAAUGUUUACAUAAAUCAAUAUAAAGCAUUUAAUGACAAACUUCAAAUUAAAUAUGCCAAAAUCUGUGAAAAGGCCCCUUUAAGUUUUACUACAAUAGGAAUUAUUGUUACUUUCGCGUGGGAAGAAGAGAUUAUAAUCAUUGAUCUUUCAAACGUAAUAUACUUAUUAAAAAUUAGUAAAUUCAUGUCUUGUAAGUCGGUAGUAUAUUAAAUACUGUUAAUAUUUUUUCAGUAAUUUUUAUGUUGCUGCUAUGUUUAUUACAGAAAUUAAAAUUAAAUUCCAAUGAAACAUCUGACAAAAAAGCAACAGUAACUAAGUGUUUAAGCCAAAGAUGUUGUGGUUCCUGUUCUUUCUUUCUAUAAGCAAAGCGACUUCAUAUAGGGCAAGUCUUUUCUCUUUCAUUUUUAUUAAUAUAUGCCUUUUACCUUUGUAUAUAGUUUUAGUAAGUUUUAUUUUUAUUUAAUAAAUAAGUCACUCAGUACUUUGUCAUAUAUAUAUAUGCCUAGAUUUUGUGGUAGAUUUGAUAAAAUAAAAUAACAUUAUAUCUUUUCUAAAGUUAAAAAUAAAUUGGUCUAUAAUUACAAGAAUUGAGAUCUGAAUGCUGCUUCUAUUGUGUUAUGAAUUAACAUCUUGUGUCCUGCAGUUCAGAACCUUAACACUUUAAACACAAAUAUAAAUUAUUGUACCUGUGCUAAAUUUAUUUCUGAAAUCUGCCUUUUUGCGCAUGUCAAUAAACAAUGGAAAAAUUGUUACUGGUACUAAUAUUUUACAGAUUAUUUAUUUCUUGGAAAUAUUUUUAAACAUUAAACUGUUCAUUAUGAUUCAUUUUCUUAUCCAAAUGUCUUGCCCUGUUAAUCAGAUAACGCAAGUUUGUUAAACUUGUUAAUACUUCAAUUUUUUUAUCUUCACUUCAACUUUUAUAAGCACUUUCCUGUGAAUAAUUUUUGUUUUAUUUAGCAUUGUGAUGAGUAAAAGAUUUGUGCAAUAGUUUGUGCUGAGAAAUAAAAGUAUUUUUUUAUUGCUGUCAGUCUUACGCAGAGCGUAUUUUCCAAAGUAUGAAAAAUCAACACAAAUUGCUUCCCCCCUUUUCUCAGGAAUAUUUUGUAUCAUUGUUAUUUGUGAUGUCAGUGUGCUUGUUUGUUGAUUUAGUAUAUUUUAACCUGUUAGUGAAAGCAUAUGUGAUCCUAGGUGAUUGAAGAAUGUUUUAUUUUUUGUAUAAAAUGUGUUUGUAUAGUGAAAGGAUUAAAUAUUUUAAUCGAAGGUCAAAUAUUUAUAUUCAAACUACACAACUUCAAUAAAAAUUACGUCAGGACCAUUUUUUAGUUUGACAAAUAUGUUUUACAAUUUGUGUAUUUUAUUGUCAUCAUCAACAAAGCAACUUAUUUUCAUCCAUAUUGCAUAUAAUUACUUAGGAAAAUUACUUAUGAAGAGUUAUGCAUAUACCUGUAUUUGUGUAAGUUAUUCGAUUAAACAAUGUGAAUUCUUUAAAAUAACAUUUACAUUUGUAGUAAAUGCAAUGGUAGGUAUUACUAGGUCAUACUAAAUAUGCAUCUCAAGGACAAGACAUGCGCAUUAUGCGUAUCUUCAAAAUAUGCAAAUGUGGAAUUAUAACUGGUAUUAAAUAUGUGCCACAAUUUUUCAUUUGAUUUUAUGUUAAGAUUAUGAUUUUCUUUUGACAUGACCUAUGUAGGAAUCAUUUGUCCAUAACUCAUUUAUAUAUUUACAUGUGUAACAUGCAGAUUUUGAUUGUUUUGUUUGAAAUCAAUAUAAAUGCUUGAUGUUUGCUUGAUUUGCUUGUCUGUUUUUGGAGUAUAGCCAACAUAUAUCAUACACAAUAAAGCAUUAUUCUUAGA